ACCAGAUAAGGACCUAGAAUACACUAUAUUGCCAAAAGUAUUGGGACAGCCCUCCAAAUCAUUGGAUUCAGGUGUUCCAAUCACCUCCCUGGCCACAGGUGUAUGAAAUCAAGCCUCAUAGGCAUGCAGACUGCUACUACAAACAUUUGUGAAAGAAUGGGUCACUCUCAGGAGCUUAGUGAAUUCAAGCGUGGUACCGUGAUAGGUUGCCACCUGUGCAAUAAGUCCAUUCAUGAAAUUUCCUUGCUACUAAAUAUUCCACGGUCAACUGUUAGUGGUAUUAUAACAAAGUGGAAGCAACUGGGAACAACAGCAACUCAGCCAUGAAGUGGUAGGCCGCAUAAAAUGACAGAGUGGAGGGUGAGCACAUGCGGAAGCACACAGUGCGCAGAAAUUGCCAACUGUCUGCAGAGUCAAUAGCUAAAAGACCUCCAAAUUUUGUGUGGCCUUCAGAUUAGCACAACAGUGCGUAGAGAGCUUCAUGGAAUGGGUUUCCAUGGCCGAGCAGCUGCAUCCAGCCUUACAUCACCAAGUGAAAUGCAAAGCGUCGGAUGCAGUGG